UUGGAUUUAUGAAGUUCCUCUUUGAACCUAUACACACACACACACACACACACACACACACACACACACACACACACACACACGCACACACACACGCACAGGCGGCUCUCUACAGUAUGAUCAUCACGACUGCUGUGUUCAUGUGUUUGUGUUGGAGUGUGAGGGCCAGGCUAGUGCCCACCACCCCAGGGCGUGUAUUUGCCUUACAGGGCUCGUGUGCACUGAUCCCCUGCUCAUUUCCGUCUACAAAUGGUUCUGGUGUGGGUGUGGCCAUCCGGCUGAGGUACCGCCCCUCUCCCCUGUGGACACGCCGUCUUACAGCAUUCAGCAGUGACAAGGCUGACCAAACAGAGAGCAAAUUCAGAGGUCGCAUUACCCUGAGUGGAGAUCUGAGUUUGGGAAACUGCUCCCUCAUCAUUUCUGACGUCAGCACUGGUGACCCAGACGUGUAUGAGUUGGAGUUAAGGGAACGCCGAGGGUCAUGGGGCAAAAACAAGGGCAUCCAGGUUUUUGUCACACGUAUCCCCGAGCAGCCGGUGUUGAGUGUUCCCCCCAUUGUGGUAUUAGGGCAGACGGUGGUCCUGAACUGCUCAGUAAGGAUCAACUGCCCCUUGGAGCCCCCUCACCUACGUUGGAUCUGGGAGAGGGGGGGUGCAGUGGGGGCAGUAGAAGACAGAGGGACAGAAAGGGUACAGACUGAGGGUGAGACGCCCUCACUUAUCUCGUCUCUGUCCUUCACACCAUCUGAGUUGGUGAAGCCACGGGUCAGAUGUGAUGCCCAUCACCAUGGUAACAGGAAGAGCAGUAGCAUCGCCAACAUGAACAUCCACUUCCCCCCCAUGGACGUGUCAGUGGAGGUUCACACAGAGCAGGUGAGGGAGGGGGGCAGUGUUCAGCUGGAGUGUGUGUGUAAAGCUGAUCCCCCAGUUAUCAAGUACCAGUGGUCUUACACACACUCCAGCAAUGUGUUGCCCCUCCCCCAUCACACACACUCCAUUCGCAUACACAAUGUCACACGACACACACGUGUGCAGUGCACUGCUCACAACGCCCUCGGACAUGCAACAUCUCCGCCCACUCAUCUCAAUGUGCAGUAUGGCCCUCUGAUUUUGCGGAAUGCAUCUGUGUGUGAGUGGAAAGAUCAGAUGCAGGAGUGUGUGUGUGUGGUGGACUCAAACCCGCAUCCCCUCAUCACCUGGAGUGUAAAUGGUAUCGUCCCGCCACUCAGCUUCAACACCACAUCCUCACACACACACCACACAGUGCAGGAGACACUGCGGGGACACACACACACACCUCUACGCACCACCUGCUACGCCUUCAACUACCUUGGCAAUGACACAAACACACUGAGACUUCAGAAAGGGAAAGAUAGUGUCCUACAGCCUCUGAUCUCAGCAGGAUUUAGUGUUUUGCUCUUCAUCCUACUCUUCAUCACAAUCCUUCUGUCUGUGUGUUUGUGCCGUCGCAGGACUGGAAGAAGGAGACGGGGGGUGGUGUGUACCCCUGGUGUGUACCCCAGUGCUGUGAGUGUGUAUCAGGAGCACACGCCUCUGUACAUAAACUGCUCUGAGGUCACACACAUCUACACCAACGGGAGCUACCAACUCGUCUACCAGAACUGUACACCCUGUUUCAUCCGUACAACACAGACUCAUAAGAGACAGAGGAGAGGAGCGAGACGAGAGAAACGAGAGAGAGACAGACAGACACCUGCCGGUCAGAUGGAGAGAGAGAGACAGCUGUCGCUCACCACUGACUCUGACUCUGCUAUUUAUGUGGAAGUGAUCUGAAAAUGUUUGUUUCUGUUCUAAUUAUAAAUCAACUUUCCCUAAACACUCUGUACAUCGUCUAAAGUACACAAGUGUGCAUUAGCAGAUGGACAAGGAGACUCAACGAAGGGGACUCCAUUAAGGGAAGUUCAAAAUCGUUAAGAAGUAUUGUUUAUUGUAGGUUUGAUUAGCACUGUGAGUACUAAUCCACCCUAACACUAACCCCCCCCCCCCACACACACACACACACACACACACACAUACACACACACAAUAUUAUCCCCAGCUUCAUAACACAUUGGCUUUUUAUUAACAUUAAUAAGACAUAUAUUACCAUCUAUGUUUAUGUUCUGUAAAGCUGCUUUGAGACAAUGUCAACUGUAAAAAGUGUUAUACAAAUAAACUUAAAUUGAAUUGAAUUGAA